GUUAUUUGGUGAUUUUUAGAUUGAGGUUAUGAGCAUUUUAUGUUUAUUUAUUCGACAAUAAGAUUAAGUAAUUGUAUUUGACUGCAUUUGAUAUAUUUUUUAAAUUCAAUAAUUUGCUGCUUCUAAAUGGUCUUAUCUACAAUGACCGAAGACGUGCAAAGACAUUCUGUGCAUACUUUGGUGUUCCGGUCUUUGAAACGGUCUCACGACAUGUUUCUCUCAAAUCAGGGAAUUCUGCCUCCAGUCGAUGAAAAAGCCGAAAUGUUGCGAAAAGCAAUAAAGGCCCGCGACUUGUACGGCCUUGUUUUCGACGACGUUAAGAAAAUGCAAGCUAUGAAACACUUGCGAGAAGCAGAGGCGGGACCAAAUCCACCACCCCCGGGUACUCGCACUGACGACCCUACUCCAAGUAUCGAAGGGGCUGUUGUGCCCUACACUGACACAAGUUUAAUGACGCGAAGCGUUCAAAAUAACACACAAAACCAGCUUGCUAACUUAAUGAAGAAAGUCCCCACAAUGCCAAAACCGAAAUGGCACGCCCCUUGGAAAUUAUACAGGGUGAUUGCGGGUCAUUUAGGGUGGGUUAGAUGCGUUGCAGUGGAACCAGGGAACGAGUGGUUUGCUACCGGUGCAGCGGACCGAAUUAUCAAAAUUUGGGACUUAGCAAGUGGCCAAUUGAAGGUGUCUCUAACUGGGCAUGUAAGUACAGUUAGAGGGCUGGCUGUGAGCAGUAGACACCCUUAUUUGUUCAGUUGUGGUGAAGACAGACAAGUCAAGUGUUGGGAUUUGGAAUACAAUAAAGUUAUUAGACAUUACCAUGGACAUUUAUCCGCAGUAUACUCUCUAGCGCUUCACCCCACAAUCGAUGUUUUGUUAACAGCAGGACGUGAUUCAACAGCCCGAGUUUGGGACAUGAGGACUAAAGCAAAUGUUCAUACUUUGACUGGUCACACACACACGGUUGCAAGUGUGGUUGCACAAGCCUCUGAACCUCAAGUUAUUACUGGAUCUCAUGACACUACAAUCAGAUUAUGGGAUUUAGCUGCUGGGAAAUCAGUUUGUACUCUUACAAAUCACAAGAAGAGUGUCAGAGAUGUGAUUCUUCAUCCCACUUUAAACAUGUUCGCAUCAGGCUCGCCAGAUAAUAUAAAACAGUGGAAAUGUCCCGAUGGCAAAUUUAUACAAAACUUGUCUGGUCAUAAUGCUAUUGUUAAUUGUCUCGCUGUCAAUCCAGAAGGCGUGUUGGUUUCAGGAGGUGAUAACGGAACUUUACAUUUCUGGGAUUGGAGGACUGGUUAUAAUUUCCAAAGAUUACAAGCCCCAGUACAACCAGGUUCAAUGGACAGUGAAGCGGGAAUAUUUUCAAUGAUUUUUGAUAAUUCUGGUUCAAGACUAAUCACAACUGAAGCUGAUAAAACUAUUAAAAUAUACAAAGAAGAUGAAACGGCAACUGAAGAAACGCAUCCUAUUAACUGGAAACCGGACAUUUUGAAACGGAGGAAAUUCUAAUUUAAUGAUUAAAAUAAUUUCUAAUUUUAUAUAUCAAUAAAUUAAUUUCAGUGAAAACAAAAUUACUUUCUACUACAAAUUCCGAGAUAUAGGCAACAUUUCAAUUUCAAAGAGUUAAAAGCGUAAAAUUAAAAAAAUCGGUUUUAGUAAGUUGUUAUAAAAAAACAGUACAACGUUUACGUUCGCAUUUACCACAGACGACUUAGAAUCGUAUACUAACAAUUAGCAUGUUUUCAAAUUUUAAGCAAAUUUUUUUUGUUAACCUGAAUAAGAGUAAUUUAUUUUUGGAGCUCGAAAACUGACCAUAUUGCAUCGUUUAAAAGAGCAAAUCUUAAUUUUCAAGUCCCAAUACAACCAGGAUUAAUGGACAGUAAAACCGGAUAUUUUGGGGAGACGAAAUUCUAAUUUAGGUACUGAUUAAAAUAAUUUCUGAUUUAAUAUCAAUAAAUUAAUUACACAAAGUAAACUGGAAUGCUUGUUACCAAUCAUAUUUCUUCAUUCAAGUCAUAGUCCUCUACGGGGAAGUCUCCACACUCCACAUUGUGUGGUUUAACAAAAGCACCAUAAUUA